AAUUAGCAGUAAUUAAAAUUUUUUCUUCACUUCAAACAAUAAAUUUUGUCCUGACAUUACCCAUUUGUCAUUUCAUUAUUCCAAUUAUUUUAUGUGACAGCUGCUGUCAAAAACACAAAAAUGGCAGACUACGAGAAGGAAGAAGCUUCAAAUUUGCAAAUUGAAUUUGAGUGGAUGCUUCGGGAAGAAGUACACACAGUUUUACAACAAAUUCACAAUAUCUUGACGGAAUGUGAACAUAGAUUUCCAGUUUCUCUGUAUGGCAAUGAUAAUUUAAGAAAACCGGAUAAAUUUAUUCUAACUUUACCUUCAGAACAAUUAAAAUGUGUUGUUACUUUAACUGGAGACAGCAUUACACAUGCAGAUAUUUCUUUCCGAGUUCAUCGCCAACAAAAUACAGUUUGCCGAACAUCUAUAUUAAGUGAAAGUCCUUGGAAACUACAGCAAGUUCAAGAUGCAGCAAAUCAUUUGCAGCAAGCUAUGGCUCACAUAGAUAAUGUUGAUAAAAAUUAUAUGUUUCGAACAUCAGAUGAAGUUUUACAUGUAUUGUCGAACAUAUUAGGAUGCUUGCAACGAGGUCGUACAUCGUUAAUAGUUCCACGGAAAAGAGCUAUUGAUGAUUUGAUGAAAAGUAGAAAUAUGAAAUCUCUGUCACCGAAUCUCGCUGAAGAUUUAGCCAUUAGUUUUUAUAUCCAAAGCCAUAAAUUAAUAUUUGCUGUUUAUCAACUAAGCAAUAAUCAUGGUACCAUGAAAUUUGAUUCAUGUCAGGCCGAAUGUGCUGUUCCGUGGUUGAAUGAAGUGCUAGUUUUAUUUACAGUAGCAUUACAACUUUGCCAACAACUUAAGGACAAGAUAUAUGUUUUUGCCCAAUAUAAGGAUUUUACAGUUGGAUCGCGGCCAACGUCACCAACAACAAAUGCGUCUUGAAUAUUCGAAUGUUUUGUUAGUCAAUUAUUUUCAAAAUAUUGUUAUGGCCAUUUCUCCACUAAAAAAUUAUUGAUAUAUUAAUAUUAUAUAUACCAAAACGAUUUAUUUAAAUACUACUACUGCUGCAAAAUAUUGAGCAAUUUCAUUUAUUUAAACUUCAUUGUGUUUAUUGUAUAUUAAGGCGUCUGCGCACAAGUACCUGGAAAUUAUUAUUAUAUUAAUGAGAAGUAAGAAUAUUAGAAAAGUUAUACAUUUAAAUGAUAAUAAAUGAAUGGCGUAUAUAUUUUAAAAUUGUAAUCAAAUCUUUUCAUCAUUUUUCUAAUUGGCUCUUUCAAAUGACUUUAUACCAAAAUAACUCGAUCAAAACAACUCGAAUACUAAUAACUCGGUACCAAGAAAGUCCGGCAAGUUUUUCUCAGUUUGGAUGCAGACCUUGGGAAAAUCAUUUGAAUGAAAACAAUUACAGGGUUGUUGCAAGAGCCAAAAAACCCGCACACUCGUGUAUAUCGACCUCAUUAAAGGCAUGUCACAGGGUUAACGCGAGUUGUUUUUGCACCAAGUAUUUUUGACAGACUUUUUUUUGACACCGAGUUGUAUUUCCCGGAGUUGUAAUGACCGAGUUGUUUCGACCAGAGUAAUUAAUACCGAGUAAUUCAUGGCGGUUCCCCUUUCAAACAUAGUUAGUAAUUUCUUGAAAAUAAUUAAAUCAAAUUAAAAGUUAAAAAAAAAAAAUAAUGGCAUUAUCCACUUAGCAAUAUUAAAACGUUCAACUUCGUUUUACAAUAAGUUUUGCACGCUCAAAUAUUAUGAUCGCUACAAUACCUAGGGAAAAGUCAUUUCGGGGAAGUUAAAAAACUAGGUUUGAUGAGAAAAAUCAGCUUAAUAUAUUUAAAUGUAAUUUUUAUUGGCGUUCCCGAAAAUGAUUGAGUUGUUAUCGAAACGAGUAUGGUGUUCACGAUAUUCAUGUUGGUAAUCCUUGAACAAUUAGAACACUUAAGUUGGACGAGCCAUUUUUAAGUAAAAAUAAUAUAACGGCUGUUUUCCGAACUUAAUGUAUAUAUCGUUCAAAUGCGAUGAAAUCUUAAAUGUUACAUGUGUGAUAAGAUUCCUAAUUUGUAUUUUCCCCAAAUCUGUGUGCAGUUACCUUAAAUAAGGAUAAAAUGUUCACCAUUCACAAUAUUUAUUAAUUUUUAGCCAAAUUUUAAGCAGUAGUAACACUACUGACAAUAAGUAGUUCAUUGUUGUCUUUAUAAAAUAUAUAUCGGGUGUUUAAAGGAAAUUUCAACAAUGUUUAGAAUUUGUAUUCGUCUAACUGAA